AUGGAGAACAACAUGGAAAUCGACACAGUCCGCUCUCCAGAACCUCAUCAUCUUUCGCCGACGACAGACCCAGGGUCUAUUCCCACUCUUGAUGGAUGGAUCGAAAAUCUGAUGAACUGCAAGCAGCUGGCGGAAAAUGACGUGCAGCGACUAUGUGAUCGGGCAAGGGAGGUCCUUCAAGAUGAGUCGAACGUACAGCCAGUGAAAUGCCCCGUCACAGUUUGUGGAGAUAUCCAUGGACAAUUUCACGACUUAAUGGAGCUGUUUCGUAUUGGGGGACCAAAUCCAGAUACGAACUACCUUUUCAUGGGUGACUAUGUCGACCGUGGAUAUUACUCUGUCGAAACUGUCACACUUCUCGUGGCUUUGAAAAUUCGUUACCCUCAACGCAUCACAAUCCUUCGUGGAAACCAUGAGUCCCGACAGAUCACCCAGGUCUACGGCUUCUAUGACGAGUGUCUGCGCAAAUAUGGAAAUGCAAACGUCUGGAAGUACUUUACUGAUCUUUUCGACUACCUCCCUCUUACAGCCUUGAUUGAGAAUCAGAUCUUCUGCCUUCACGGAGGUCUCAGUCCGUCAAUCGAUACUCUUGACAACAUUCGAUCUUUGGAUCGCAUUCAGGAAGUGCCUCACGAAGGCCCUAUGUGUGAUUUGCUCUGGAGUGAUCCGGAUGACCGAUGUGGCUGGGGGAUUUCUCCACGAGGUGCGGGCUAUACAUUUGGACAGGAUAUUUCAGAGGCAUUCAAUCACAACAACGGCUUGACUCUCGUUGCACGUGCUCAUCAAUUGGUGAUGGAGGGCUACAACUGGUCUCAAGACAGAAACGUCGUUACCAUUUUUUCAGCUCCUAAUUAUUGCUAUCGCUGUGGUAACCAGGCUGCUAUCAUGGAGAUAGACGAGCACUUGAAGUACACCUUCUUGCAAUUUGAUCCAUGCCCCCGAGCCGGAGAGCCGAUGGUUUCAAGACGAACACCCGAUUAUUUCCUUUAA